UAUCGAUUUCGCUGUCUUCGACGGAACGUCGUUCAUUCAUUCUUUUAGUGUGAAAUGUUGUUCUUUCAGAUUGUUUCAGUUUUUGGUCUGGUGGGCUGCUGUCUCUCGCGCUCCCUGCCGAAACCGAUCUCUCCACGACAAAAUCCCUCGACGACUGCAGCCGCUCCUGCUGCCAACCCGACGAUAUGCGGCGACAUCGUGGAUGCAGUGAACGAUCCUGAAGGGUUCAACAUCUUCUGGGCAAGUGAUGCUUAUGCCUGUCUCACCAGCGUUCCCUUCAACCCAGCUGUUGCUUCACGAUUCGUCAAGUACUGGAAUGAAACUAUCCAGUUCCAAAGCACACUCGCCUAUCUCAAGAACCCGCCCACGGGGUAUCAGCAACCAGCCUUCGAUGUCCAGGCAGGCCUGGCAGUAAUCCAACAACACAUCAAUGAGGGUUUCUACACUAACCAGUAUGCCUUUGAGGCUGACUUUCAGCUCCUCACAUAUGCCAUGCACGAUGCCCAUGUGCAACUUACGGCUGGUGCCCUCUCGGCGUUCUCAUUCGCAAGUCCGUACGAAAUCGCGUCUGUGUCUAUCGACGGAAAGGAGCCACCGAAGGUCUACAUGACCGAUGACAUCAUUAAUAGCCCAAAACAAGGCUGGACACCAUCUCCUCUGAAGACUAUUAACGGCGUGGAAGUUGUUGAAUUCCUCACUCAGUAUGCGGCGCUCAACUCAUGGGGUAAUGUUGAACCCCAUGCCGACUGGAACGCUCUCAUGUCUCAUCCGGCCCUGGAUAUCCAGGGAGGUUUAAAUAUGUUCGCUGGGUCCGGCACCUUCUAUCCCGGCGAGAACCUAACUUUCGUUUUCGAGAACACCACUAAGAUCGAGACCAUUUGGAUUGCUAUCUACAAUGAGCUGGCUAAUUACACUGGCCCCUUGACUACUGGAGGAGAUUUCUACAAUUACUUCGUCCUUGGCGAGCUACCUGCGUCGUUCAACUCAAGCACCAUCGUUGAACCCGAGAUCCCAGAUGCCCCGCCAGCUCCUACUUCAUGGUUUAUCGAUAGCCUUGAAGCUUAUCCUUCGAAUCCUGACAUUGCGCAAAGCGAUCUUGGCGUCCUUGGAACUGGAUUGGUUACUGGUUACUUUUAUAACGAUAUAUCCACCGGCAUCCUGAGUCUUCCGAGCUUUGACAUCGUUCCAGAUUCGAUUGGAAACUAUUCUGACGCGGUCAGCUCGUUUAUUGGAAAUGCGUCUCAGGCAAAUCUCACCAGAGUCAUUAUCGACCUUCAGCAAAACAAAGGGGGGGCCACCCUCCUUGCGUACACUAUAUUCAAGAGCUUCUUCCCAGACCAAAUUCCGUUUGCCGGUAGCCGAAGGCGCAGCUUCGAUAUGGCCAACCUUAUCGGCUCGUCUACCUCAAAUUUCUGGGAUUCUCUCGACGAAUCCAAUGAUAAUGAGCUUACCUUCAAACAAGAGAUCGCCGCCAACGAAUGGGUCAUUACGGAUCGACUCAAUGCUGCUACGGGGAAGAACUUCACUGGUUGGAAGGAAUACCAGGGACCUGUAGAUGACAAUGGAGACUCCUUCACGUUGACAGAGCAGUAUGAUCUAGCCAACGACAUCUUCGAUUCAGCUGCCUUUGAUGAAUGGAUCCCACUUGACUAUCUUGGUGAUCAGUCGCGAUUUUCUAAGGCCAAUCGCCCAUGGCAGCCGGAACAGAUUGUCAUUCUCACUGACGGCCUCUGUUCUUCCGCUUGCUCCCUCUUAGUCGAAAUGAUGACACGAGUCGGAGUACGCACGAUCGUCGCAGGUGGCCGCCCAACUACCGGCCCAAUGCAAGCAGUCGGAGGGAACCGCGGGGCAAGACUUUACUCCGCUAACGCCAUCGAUGCCGACAUCAGCUUCUCCAGAAGUAUUGAUGAGUGGGUCGACGACAACGUGAAUGGCUCCCUACCCGACGUGCGCGAGACGGGAAUGUUUAUCAAAUUUGCUGGGAUCAAUCUCCGCGACCAAGUUCGGAAGGAUGAUAAGACCCCCUUGCAGUUCAAGUAUGAGGCCGCCGAUUGCCGGAUAUAUUACACCCUUUCGAAUUUAUAUAACGCGACAAGGCUGUGGCAUGAUACUGCUACUGCGGCUUUCAUCGACCCUUCACUCUGCGUCCAGGAUUCCACAGGCUACUCCACCACUAACAACACGAAUCCGAAAGCGCCUCCCAAGCCGUCGGUUCAGAGCCCUCCGAUUCUCACUCAACCCGCGAUUCAGCAAAUUGAGUUUGAAUCUAACCCAACUGGAGGCCUCCAGGACGGCGCUGGCAAGCCCAAAGGCGACAAUACUUUCGUGCUCUGCCCUAGUGGAGUAUGCGAGGGUACAGCGAGGUGCAAGACAAUCAACGUCAAGUGCUCUAAAACACUCACUAUCAAAAAACCUGUGUGUCUUCCCACUUGUGAUAAUCGUCUGGGCAGCACGGGCUGUAACGGUAUUUGCGAUAUCAACCAAAAACACGAGAGCAAGUCUGGGCUUGGGAAGACUGCGUCAUAUGGAGGGAAUUUGUUUUCAGGGUUGUGUGUCCCGGAGAUUGGGACAAGAAGCCUAGGUUGUCCAGCAAACCCGAAGACAGGGAAAUAGAGGAGGUAGUGGGUGGUUAAGAUUUGUCUUAUUUUAUUCAUUUGAGGAAGCAUUUAGUGGCUGCAAGAUACCUAUCAUUGUUUAAUAGAAAUCUAUAAUUAUGUAGAAAAGGCUUUCCACAGCCAAUAGACAGAAUAGA